UCUUUCCGUCGCGUCCCUGGUUAUCGCUCACCUCAGCAGACGCGGACUCCAGGAGGGGCGGGGCGAGCUUUCCCCUGCUUGUCAGGCUCACAAGACGCGCGUACAGUUGUUGAAGCUUUUCUGCUUAGAAACUUUUAUAAAAAUGUUUGAAAUGUCCAAUUCCAGCUGGCUUUCAGAGGAGGUUAAGACAGGGACCACGAUUAUGGCGAUUGAGUUUGACGGAGGGGUCGUUCUGGGGUCAGAUUCCCGUGUUUCUGCAGGUGAAUCCAUAGUGAAUCGCGUGAUGAACAAACUGUCCCCUCUUCAUGACAAGAUCUACUGCGCUCUGUCGGGUUCUGCUGCAGAUGCCCAGGCCAUGGCUGACAUGGUCAGCUAUCAGCUGCAGCUGCACAGUAUAGAAAUGGGCGAGGCUCCCCGGGUGUGCUCUGCUGCAACGCUGGUCAGAAACAUCUCUUACAAGCACAAGGAGGAGCUGUCUGCUCACCUCAUUGUGGCAGGAUGGGACCGCAGGAAAGGAGGCCAGGUGUUUGUCACUCUUGAUGGGAUGAUUGCCAGGCAGCCGUUUGCUGUUGGUGGCUCUGGAAGUUCAUACAUCUACGGUUACGUGGAUUCAGCGUACAGACCAGGAAUGACGAAGGAGGAAUGCCUGCAUUUCGUUACAAACACCCUGACACUUGCUAUGGGAAGAGAUGGCUCCAGUGGAGGAGUGGCUUAUCUCGUAACCAUCACUGAAAAAGGAAGUGAAGAGAAAGUGAUCCUGGGGAACGAGCUGCCUGCUUUUCAUGAUGAGUGAAAGGACGAUUUGAUCUGAACUGCAAACAGACCUUGUGCUAUCCAGUGUGUCCCUUCUGAGUCACACUCUGAAUGCACAAGAACAGACCCUUGCUCACUAUACUGUGCAACACCCCAUCCCAUGUGGGCAGUGAUUUCUGAUAGUUUUCAUUAUAUAAAUCUCAUAGCUUUUAACCCCUUCAGCCAGCUUUUCACAGCAAUCCAAAGUGCAGCUGGGUUGCACUGUGAGCAGUUAUAAAACACCCUGCUCCCACAGCAUUCAAUCACACUUUCUACUACUCUGAGGUCACUUUGGGUGAAUAAAUUUCAAUGUUAUCAUAAUCAAGAUGUUUUCGUAGUUCAUAGUCAUAGAGUUUGUUAUUUGAACCCCCUCAAAAAGCAGGUGAGGUAAUCAGCAAUGACAUCAGCAAUGUGGCAGUGUGUUUGUAAAAACAUUUACUUCUUUAGUAGUUCAGUUUGUAUCAGUGUUUUAAACAGUCUGUUCAACCUGAUUAUGCAUUGCUCCAGCAUGUGUAUUAAAGUCUGUGAAAUCAUUUAUCCCCAGCAGACUAGAUGCAAUGAUUACAACAUUGGAAAUGCCCUGUCCCAAAAAACUGAAUUACUGGCAUGCUGCAGUAAGACUCUCUGCUUUCAAUCAGUACAGUGUGCUGCAAUAGGACUGCCUGCUUUCAAUCAGUACAAUAGGUCUUCCUGCUUUCAAUCAGUACAAUAGGACUCCCUGCUUUCAAUCAGUACAGUGUGCUGCAAUAGGUCUCCCUGCUUUCAAUCAGUACAGUGUCCUGCAAUAUGACUCCCUGCUUUCAAUCAGUACAGUGUGCUGCAAUAGGUCUCCCUGCUUUCAAUCAGUACAGUGUGCUGCAAUAGGACUGCCUGCUUUCAAUCAGUACAAUAGGUAUCCCUGCUUUCAAUCAGUACAAUAGGACUCCCUGCUUUCAAUCAGUACAAUAGGACUCCCUGCUUCCAAUCAGUACAGUGUGCUGCAAUAGGACUUCCUGCUUCCAAUCAGUACAGUGUGAUUCAAUAGAGCUCCCUGCUUUCAAUCAGUACAAUAGGAAUCCCUGCUUUCAAUCAGUACAGUGUGCUGCAAUAGGACUCCCUGCUUUCAAUCAGUACAGUGUG